CUGCAUUAAUAGACCAGUCCAAUAACCUCUGACACAAACUGAUAAAAAAAAACAUGGCGGCUUGACUUUUGUAUCUCACCUGUUUGCCUCGAUUUUGUAGCAAAAUUCGCGAAGUUAGACUUUGUAGGAACAUCUAAGCUUUGAGAAUGUCCUCUUUACUUGCCGAUGCAGCGAUCGUACAAAAAAUGGCAAGUGAACCAUGGCCAGAUGAUGUAUGCCUCUAUCAGCCUUACAAGUCUAACGAAGUUGGAACUGCAGAUUCAGUACAACAGGUGCUGCUUCCAGAUAAUGCACAAUGCCUGGCUGUGCAGUGCUAUCUGCAGAUGUGUGGUCUUCCCUUCAGGACUGUACUCAGAACCAAUGCUGAACACAUGUCACCAUCAGGGAAGCCUCCGUUCCUUCGUGCAGGCCCCUAUGUCAUCUCAGAAGUGGAUCCCAUUAUCAAGUUUGUGUCCACUAAGGGCCACUCCCUGAGUGACAAGCUGGACAGACCGCAGCAAGCUGAGAUGAAGGCGUACCUUGCACUGGUGCAAGGGACUCUGGGAAAUGCGGAGCUCUACAUUUCCUGGUGUGACCCCACCACUGCAAGUGAGAUAAGUAGACCAAGGUACAGCUCGCCCUACCCCUGGCCUCUGAACACUCUCCUGGCCUACCGCAAACAAUGGGACGUUCAAAACCAGCUCAAGGCACUGGGAUGGUACAGCAAGACUCUGGAAGAGGUGUAUGAUGAGGUGGACAACUGCUGCAAGGCCCUGGCACAGAGGCUGGGGAACCACCAUUAUUUCUUCAAACAGGGCCCAACAGAACUGGAUGCUCUAGUGUUUGGCCAUCUGUACACCAUCCUGACAACCCCCCUCACAGACAACAGCCUGGCAGACAUCGUGAAGGAGUACAGCAAUCUCAUCAACUUCUGCAGACACAUUGAGAAGAAAUUCUUUGAAGAGAGGGAAAGGGGACCCAAGGAUUAGUAUGUUCAGUGCUUAUCAGAUAUAAUUAAGCUAAUCGAAAACUAGGAGCAGUUGAAGGUGUUUACAUGUGUUUGCUGCUACGAAGUGUUUGUUGAAAGAUCUGUUUCAGAUGUGUUACACAUCAAGGUGGUGUCUUUUGUAAUUGUAUGCCUUUAUUUGUUUGUAGAUUAAGAAAAUGUAUAGAUAGAGUGGUUGUUUCAAAUUGGGAGCUAGAGUAUCACUCAAUAUGUACUAAACUGCUCAUCGUAUUGGCUACCUUUUGAAUAGUACUGGCUGAAAAUGCUCAAACUCAUAGUUACAAUAGCUGCUUUUCUGUAUUGACUCUCCAAAGCUGUAGGAAGAACCCAAUUGCAUGUAAACAUUGAUGUUGUCCAGUUUGAAGGGAAAAAAGAUUGAUUUCAACAGGAAUUCAGUGUGUAAAACAGGUAAGACUAGAACUAGAUAUGGAUAAGGCUGAUCCAAAAAACUGUUGGAAGUAGGCAGUCUUUGUGUAUGGCUGAAAUGGAGUAAAACUCUGUAUAGUGUUGGGCACAUCCAUAGCUAUCUGUCACAUGAAUCUCAUCAAUAACUGUUGAUAAAGUGGGGGAGUAUUAAUGACAAGUAGACACGUGAAGAAAAUUUACAGAGAAUAACUGUAGAAGUAUUGAAGACAGUUUUGAAAGCAUUUUAUAUUCAAAACAGUGUAAGGUUUCUCAAACUCUGAAAAGGCAUUCAAGGAAAAUCCUCUUUUAUUCAAACCAAACAUAUGAAAUAAAAAUCAAGCUGUGUUUAUUCAAA